GGCAGGCGGACUCUCAACCACUGCGCCACCAGGGAAGCCCUAGACUUUAUCUUAAAGACAACAGGGAGCCAUUGAAGAUUCAUGACCUGUGGAGAGACAGAGGCAGAUUUGUGUUUUGUGAAAGUUAUACAGGCUCUUGUUGUGAAGAAGCUGGCUGGGAGGGAGAGGUGGAAGCAGGAAGACUGAUAAGAUGGGAGCAGUGACUGUCCAGAUGUCUAUGAGAGGCGUGGAGAGGCACAUACGGGAGAUGACUGUACUCCGCUGGGGCUACAGGAGGGUUUUAAGUGGGGAGAGAUGGUACCAACAUGCUCUUUCCCUAAUUCACCCGUGGGCCCUGCUCUGCCAGCUCCCCACCCCAGACCACACACGAAGAAGCAGACCUACCCUCAGCCCAGCCUUUACCUCCCCCUGACCUACCCCUCUUCUCCCUGCUCAGGGCAGUGUAUGGCGCAAUUCGGGCCCGCAGGCCCAGGCUGACAGAUAACAAUGCUCCCGUUGUCUCUCUGCUCCCAUCUCUGGGGGCCUCUGAUUCUUCUUUCUGCUCUACAGGCUCGCAGCACUGACAGCCUGGAUGGCCCAGGGGAAGGCUCAGUGCAGCCCCUGCCCCCAGCUGGGGGGCCCAGUGUGAAGGGCAAGCCUGGGAAGAGGCUCUCGGCUCCUCGAGGUCCCUUUCCCCGGCUGGCUGACUGUGCCCAUUUCCACUACGAGAACGUUGACUUCGGCCACAUUCAGCUCCUGCUGUCUCCAGAGCGUGAAGGUCCCAGCUUCUCUGGAGAGAAUGAACUGGUGUUUGGGGUGCAGGUGACCUGUCAGGGCCGUUCCUGGCCAGUUCUCCGUAGUUAUGAUGACUUCCGUUCCCUGGAUGCCCACCUCCACCGGUGCAUAUUUGACCGGAGGUUUUCCUGCCUCCCAGAGCUUCCCCCACCCCCAGAGGGUGCCAGGGCUGCCCAGAUGCUGGUGCCGCUGCUGCUGCAGUACCUGGAGACCCUGUCAGGGCUGGUGGACAGUAACCUCAACUGUGGGCCCGUGCUCACCUGGAUGGAGCUGGACAACCACGGCCGGCGACUGCUCCUCAGUGAGGAGGCCUCACUCAAUAUCCCUGCGGUGGCUGCUGCCCAUGUGGUGAAGCGGUAUACGGCCCAGGCACCAGACGAGCUGUCCUUUGAGGUGGGAGACAUUGUCUCAGUGAUCGACAUGCCGCCCACGGAGGAUCGGAGCUGGUGGCGGGGCAAGCGGGGCUUCCAGGUCGGAUUCUUCCCCAGCGAGUGUGUGGAGCUGUUCACAGAGCGGCCGGGUCCAGGACUAAAGGGGGAUGCCGACGGUCCCCCGGGUGGUGUCCCAGCUCCCCAGGGUAUCUCCUCUCUGACCUCAGCUGUGCCCCGGCCGCGUGGGAAGCUGGCCGGCCUCCUCCGCACCUUCAUGCACUCCCGCCCUUCCCGGCAGCGGCUGCGGCAGCGGGGCAUCUUGCGGCAGAGGGUCUUCGGCUGUGACCUUGGAGAGCACCUCAGCAACUCAGGCCAGGAUGUGCCCCAGGUGCUUCGCUGCUGCUCUGAGUUUAUCGAGGCCCAUGGGGUGGUAGAUGGAAUCUAUCGGCUCUCGGGUGUGUCAUCCAACAUCCAGAGGCUACGGCAUGAGUUUGACAGUGAGAGGAUCCCUGAACUGUCUGGCCCCGCCUUCCUGCAGGACAUCCACAGCGUGUCCUCCCUCUGCAAGCUCUACUUCCGAGAGCUGCCGAACCCCUUGCUCACAUACCAGCUCUACGGGAAGUUCAGCGAAGCCAUGUCAGUGCCUGGGGAGGAGGAACGCCUGGUGCGGGUCCACGACGUCAUCCAGCAGCUGCCCCCGCCGCACUACAGGACCCUGGAGUACCUGCUGAGGCACUUGGCCCGCAUGGCGAGACACAGUGCCAACACCAGCAUGCAUGCCCGCAACCUGGCCAUUGUUUGGGCACCCAACCUGCUACGGUCCAUGGAGCUGGAGUCAGUGGGGCUGGGGGGGGCAGCAGCCUUCCGGGAGGUGCGGGUGCAGUCGGUGGUGGUGGAAUUCCUGCUCACCCAUGUGGACGUCCUGUUCAGCGACACUUUCACCUCUGCUGGCCUUGACCCUGCAGGCCGCUGCCUCCUCCCCAGGCCCAAGUCCCUUGCGGGCAGCGGCCCCUCCACUCGCCUGCUGACGCUGGAGGAAGCCCAGGCUCGCACCCAGGGCCGGCUGGGGACGCCCACCGAGCCCACAACUUCCAAGGCCCCAGCUUCACCUGUGGAAAGGAGGAAAGGGGAGAGAGGCGAGAAACAGCGGAAGCCUGGGGGUAGCAGCUGGAAGACCUUCUUUGCCCUGGGCCGGGGCCCCAGCAUCCCCCGAAAGAAGCCUCUUCCCUGGCUGGGGGGCACCCGUGCCCGACCGCCACCUUCAGGCAGCCGACCUGACACCGUCACGCUGAGAUCUACCAAGAGUGAGGAGUCUCUGUCAUCGCAGGCCAGCGGGGCUGGCCUCCAGAGGCUGCACAGGCUACGGCGACCCCACUCCAGCAGUGAUGCUUUUCCUGUGGGCCCAGCACCUGCUGGCUCCUGCGAGAGCCUAUCAUCCUCCGAGUCCUCUGAGACCUCCGAGUCCUCCGAGACCUCCGAGUCCUCCGCAGCUGGGCUGGGGGCACUCUCCGGUUCCCCCUCACACCGAGCCUCAGCCUGGCUAGAUGAUGGGGACGAGCUGGACUUCAGCCCACCCCGCUGCCUGGAGGGGCUCCGGGGGCUUGACUUUGAUCCCCUUACCUUUCGAUGCAGCAGCCCCACCCCAGGGGACCCUGCACCUCCCGCCAGCCCGGCACCCCCGGCCCCCGCCUCUGCCUUUCCACCCAGGGUGACCCCCCAGGCCCUCUCGCCCCGUGGACCCACCGGCCCUGCCUCACCCAUUGCCCUGGACAUCUCAGAGCCCCUGGCUGUAUCGGUGCCACCCGCUGUCCUGGAGCUGCUGGGGGCUGGAGGAACACCUGCCUCGGCCACCCCAGCACCAGCCCUCAGCCCCAGCCCAGGCCUGCGCCCCCAUCUCAUCCCCCUGCUGCUGCGUGGAGCUGAGGCCCAGCUGAGCGAUACCUGCCAACAGGAGAUCUGCAGCAAGCUGGCACUGACUGGUCCCCGGGGAGCCCAAGGCCAGCAUGGUGCUGGUAUGGAUUCACCGCUGCUGCCCCCACCCCUGUCCCUCCUUCGUCCUGGGGGGGCCCCGCCCCCGCCUCCCAAAAACCCAGCGCGCCUCAUGGCCCUGGCCCUGGCUGAGCGGGCUCAGCAGGUGGCUCAGAGACAGAGUCAGCAGGAGCAGGGCAGCACCCCGUCUGCUUCCCACUCCCCUUUCCAUGGCUCGCUGUCCCUGGAGGUGGGCAGUGAGCCCCCAGGGACCUCAGGGAGUGGGCCACCCCCCCGCUCCCUAGCCCACCCAGGUGCCUGGGCUCCGGGACCCCCACCCUCCCUACCAAGACAACAAAGCGAUGGGAGCCUGGUGAGGAGCCAGCGGCCCACGGGGACCUCAAGGAGGGGACCCAGGGGCCCUUCCCAGGUCAGUGCCCAGCUCAGGACAGGUGGGAGGUACAGGGAUGUGCCAGAGAUGGCAGCCCACUUCCUGUGUUCUGUCCCCCCACAGGUUCCUACCCCUGGCUUCUUCUCAGCCCCCCGGGAGUGCCUACCAUCCUUCCUCGGGGUCCCCAGACCAGGCUUGUACCCCCUUGGCUCCCCAUCCUUCCAGCCCAGCUCCCCAGCCCCAGUCUGGAGGAGCCCCCUGGGUCCCCCUGCACCACUGGACAGAGGAGAGAACCUGUACUAUGAGAUCGAGGCAGGCGAGGGGUCCCCUUACUCUGGUCCCACCCGGUCCUGGAGUCCCUUGCGUUCCAUGCCCCCAGAUAGGCUCAAUGCCUCGUAUGGCAUGCUUGGCCAAUCACCACCACUCCAUAGGUCCCCCGACUUCCUGCUCAGUUACCCCCCCCCCCCCUCCUGCUUUCCCCACGACCACCUUGGCUACUCAGCCCCCCAGCACCCUGCCCGGCGCCCCACCCGACCUGAGCCCCUCUAUGUCAACCUAGCCCUAGGGCCCAGGGGUCCCUCACCCGCCUCUUCCAGCUCCUCCUCCCCUCCGGCCCACCCCAGAAGCCGCUCUGAUCCUGGUCCCCCAGCCCCCCGCCUCCCCCAGAAACAGCGGGCCCCCUGGGGCCACCACACCCCUCACAGGGUGCCUGGGCCCUGGGGCCCUCCAGACCCUCUCCCCUACAGGGCAGCCCCACCAGCCUAUGGAAGGGGGGGCGAGCACCACCGAGGGUCCUUGUACAGGAAUGGGGGGCAAGGAAGGGAGGGGGCUGGUCCCCCACCCCCCUACCCCACUCCCAGCUGGUCCUUCCACUCUGAGGGCCAGACCCGAAGCUACUGUUGAGCCAGAGCUGGGAGAGACCUUCCUCCUUUCUCUUCUCCCUCACUGAUCUUGGUCCAACCUAAUCCCUUGUUUUGUAUUUUCUUGAGCUCCUGACCCCUACCCCAGGUUUCUAACUUUGUAACUUGCCUCUGAUGUGGGUCCCUAACCUGUUAUCAUAGCUUACCUACCCUGGGCUGAAGGGCAUGCCCAUCACCCCACCACCCUCCAUCCUGGGGGCUCUUGCACAAAUCUGAGAGGGUUAGGCUGACUCCCUGUCCUCCCUUUCUCUCCAGGAGUUCCCAGCAUGUCCUGUCCUGUGCACAGGGGGUGGGGGGACAGCUCCUGCCAUCUCCCCCCACAUACCCCACUAAACCAUCUGACAAAAUUAAUGAAUAAAAAUGGUGAAAAUGUG